AUGGGAAGAGAGGCAGCGUGGAAUUCGCAUCCGUCACGCAAGAAAUGGAGGGAAAUGGGCAUCCGUGUGGCAUCCAUCACUCAUCACGUCGAUGGAUAUCACCAUGAUUCCCGCACUUGCUUUGAGUUUCAGGGCUGUUUGUUUCACGGGUGUCGUACCUGUUUCCCAGGCAGAAAACAAGUACCACACAGGGCCAUGGGACUCACAGUGAAAGCGUUACGAAGACGCACACAGAAGAAAGUGAAAGCGUUGCGUGACGCUGGAUAUACAGUGGUAGAGAUGUGGGAAUGUCAAUUUGAUGCUCUGAAAAAACAAGAUGGGGAAUGCCGCCACUUUGUCUCCAAUUUGAAUCUCGUAUCACCGCUAGAGCCACGCGAUGCAUUCUUUGGGGGGAGAACUGGGGCCGUGGCGCCUCAUCAUCGAGUGUCAGACGACCGCGAGCAGAUUCGCUACGUCGAUGUGACUAACGAAUAUCCAUGGGUGAAUAAGAAUGGUCUAUAUUCGGUGGGUCAUCCCGUCAUCUUGUCCGAACCAGAAAAUCAAGAUCCCUCAGUCUACUAUGGUCUGUUAAAAGUCGACAUGCUACCUCCCGCCGAGUUGUUUCAUCCCGUCUUACCAUACAGGCGCAAGAUGAGUUCUGGUUCGUACAAGUUGACCUUCCCCAUAUGCGCCAAGUGUGUGGAAGAGGAAAGUGCCAAACCCAUACUGGCAAGAUCCUUUUCAUGCACUCACACAGACACCGAGCGAUGUUUGCGAGGCACCUGGUGUUCGCCCGAAUUAAAUAAAGUCAUAGCACUUGGGUAUAGAGUACUACGCAUACAUAACGUAUGGCAUUUUGAUGAAUCACAGCAAGGAUUGUUUGCGCCAUACGUGAACACGUGGCUCAAAAUAAAACAGGAGAGUGCUGGAUAUUCUGCCUGGUGUCAAGACAACUCAGAUCGCGUCCAUUAUGUCGACGACUACAGGCCAAAAGAAGGAAUUGAGCUAGACCCUACCAAAAUCACCAAAAAUCCCGGACGAAAAGCAGUGGCAAAGCUGAUGUUGAAUUCCUUUUGGGGGAAAUUUGGUCAACAAACCAACAAAUCUCAAACGGAACAAUUGACCGAAGUCCGUGAUUUGCUAGAGAUACUCGACGACCCUUUAGUCAAUGUGCAAGACAUUCGAAUUUUGUCGCCGGAAAUUGUCGAAGUGGUGUACCAGUGA